AUGGGCGUGAGGAGCGCCGCUCUGCAGCAUGUGUGCGACUUGGUUCAGCGCGGGUCGCCCGACGCGUUGCGCGCCGCGGAAGUGGCAGCACGCGAGCACGGGGCGUUUGCGCUGAACGCGGCGGGAGGCAUCACCGCGACGGAGGCGGCGACGUGCCGGCGGCUCGUGGACGAGCUCGUCGAGCAUGUAGAGGGCGCUGCGGGGCGCGCGGGCUCCCGCGCGCACGCGUGGGCGCUGCUGGCCGUGCUGGCGGCUGAGCUCGACACCCAGAGCAUCCUCGCGCGGCAGGAGGCGUGGAUGGCGGCGGCUACGAAGGUCAUCCGCACCGAGCAGAACGCCGCCUCGCUCGCCGCGGCGUCGAACUGCGCCGGCGUCCUCGUCGCGCGUCUCGAACCGCUCUUGGGCCUUCCCGGCGUGAAACGGAGCGCUUCCGCGGCGGCCUCGAAGCUUAUUUCGUCGACGGCGCAGCGCAUCGAGAAUGUCGACAGCGCGAGGGCUGGCACCGCCGAUCGAAACGGCGCGAACGGGGCCGCGGAGGCGGACACUCCGUCGCCUCUCCCUCUCCCGCUGCUGUUGCUCCUUGAGAGCGCCACGCGCACAAUGCCGGCGUCCGCGCGGCCGCACAUCAAGGCCAUCGAGGCGGUCGUCUUCCGGCGCCUCGACGCGUCGACACAGCCGUCGGACGCGGAGCUCCUCGCUGCAGCCCGGACGGCCGCGCUCGUGCCCGCGGCAACGGGCACCCCCCAGGCGUGGUCGCUCAGCGCGGCAGCGUCCGUCUUCGCGCUCCACGUCGUCUGCGACAGGAUGUUCGGGAAGCCGGUCGCGUCCUCGGACCCCGCAUUCCACGCUCACGCGGCCGCGGAGGCCGCACUCGCGCCCCUGGAGGGCGCAGCUGCGGGGGGCACUGCAGCUGCGCGGCUGUGGAUGACGCGCGACGCAGCCGCGCAGCUCGACCCCGCAGCUUGCGUCCACGUCGCCACGGCAGCGAUCUGCGCCAUCGAGGCCCACCUCGCGCUUCCGUUCCCGGUUCCGGUGCCGUUGCCAGCUGGGCCGCUCGCAAACGCAGCGUGCCGCCUGCUGGCCGCGGACGCCGCGCAGGACCCCGCGGUCGCGCUGCGGCUGCCGCAGCUGCACGCCGCGGCGCUGGAGCUGCUCGGGCUGCUCGUGCGUCGCGGGGGCGCCGCGGUAGCCCCGCAGCAUUGUACGAUCGCGGCUGCGGUGAACGUGCAGCUGGCGAUCGCUGCGGCGGGCGAGGACUCGCUGCCGCCCGCAGCGAGGCUCGCGGCGUACCGCGCCGUGGCUGCGCUCGCGGACGCCGGGGGCGGCCGCGUCGCCUGCGACCUGGUGCCGGCACUGCUGUCGGCUGCCAUUCAGGAUGUGUUCGCCACGUCAGGCAAGUCAGACACGGCACCCCGCCCGACAGGCCGCACCAAGUCCAAGUCCGCCAAAAAGACCCCCGGGGGGGGUCUCCCCGACGCCGCCGCGAUGGCCGCGGCCGACCCGUACCUCGCCGGCCUCUGCGGCGCCGACCGCACGCACCGCCGCGGCGCGUGCCAAGCCGCCGCCCUCCACGCCCUCGCCGCCACCCUGCGCGCGGGCGGCCCGCUCCUGGCCCCGGACACCCGCGCCCUCGCCGACGCCGUCGCGGCGCGGGCCGCGCGCGCCGCAGCCCGCGCGCUCGAGUCCCACCGGCUCGCUCCGAUGCCCGGGGCCCCGGAGCACUGCCAGCACACCGCGCAGCGCUGGCGGCGCUGCAGGCGGCGGCGAUGGCGCUGGGCGGCGCGCGGGCGGCGACGCUGCCGCUGGCGCGGCAGUUGGCGACGGGUACGUGGCGGGCGGGGGCGUCCGAGGCCGCCGUCGCGUCGGCUGCGGCGCUGGAUGGGUUGGCGAUUGAAGCAUGGCUGCAUGGGGGGGCGGCGCUGCCGCCGGGGUCGUUCGCGGUGCAGGCGCUGGCGGACGCGGACACGGAGGGUGCUCGCAACGCCGCCGCGCCGCUGCCCGCGCUCCCGCCUCUGCCGCGGGCCGCUGCGGCGCCGGCGAGCGCACCUGCGGUGGGCCUGA